AUGCGGUCCCACGGCAGCGACAGCACGACGACAAGCCGCGACUGGACCGACGACCCGCUCCUCCGCGACGCCUUCGCCUGCGCGCCCGAGCACUACAUCGAGAUCCACGAGCCAACGACCAACAGCUCGCGCAAGGUGGCCACGUCGAUCAACUCCAAGGCGUCCUUCCGUGGCCACUGCCGCGACGCACUCCUCGACUGGUACGCGGCUGGCGUCAUCUUUUGGUCGCAUCUCGUCAACUUUGAUACGCUCCUCGUGUUCCUCGUCUCGCUCGGCGCGCCGAGUGCGUACUACUACUACAUGCCGGCGGACAGCAGCGGCGUGCCGCAGCACUUUAGCGCCAACCUCUCGUGGAUCCUCGUGACCUUCGCCGUCGUCUCGCCCAUGAUCAUGCAGAUCCGCCAGGCGUUCACGCGCCGCGAGAACGCGCUCGACGCCAUCGCAGAGAUGAAAGCAAUCGCAUCCAACAUCCUCCUCGCCAACACGGUCUGGAACUGGGGCAAAAAUGGCCGCCAAGAGCUGCCGCCCGAGCACAACCCGCGCGCCAAGCUGCUCCUCCGCGGUCUCCUCACGGACCUCUACACGUUUCUGCUCAUGCCCACGUUCACGCGCGGCCGGCACCGCUUCACGCAGAGCGGCGCGGCCGAGGCCGUCCACUACAACGCGCAGGUGGACACACUCUACCAGCGCAUGAUGGUGGCGUUCCGGCAGCUGCAUUUCCAGGUCGAGACCAUGAAAGGUCUCGGUCUUCCGCCCAACGAAGCGUCGCGACUGAACCAAUACCACUGGUUUCUGCAAGCGCGCUUUGAGCGCCUCUGCAACAUCAAGUUGUACCGGACGCCGCAAGCGACGCGGUCGUUCAGUCGCCUCAUCAUUCUGCUUCUGCCGUGCUUUUACGGUCCGUACUACGUCUACAUCAUCGCGUCGGGCGACGGCCACACGAGCUUUGCGUUUGCGCUCGUGCUGAGUGCGAUGACGAGCGUGACGAUGAUCGGCAUCUUCAACGUGGAGAAAGCGCUCGAAGACCCGUUUACGGAGGAAGGUCUCGACGGUGUCCAGGUCGACGUGGCCUUUCGUCGGCUCUUUCUCGCCCUCGACACGGUCUACCCGUGACGCGAACCAAUGCACACGAACAUGAUCAUC